AUGAGCGAUGAGCUCCAGCUGCUGAUCCGCCACUUGAGUGGCGACGAGCUUUGCCGCGUCAGCGUGGGGCGAGAGCAGCCGGUGGAGGCCUUAAAGGCCCAAGUGGCACAGCUUACGGGCUUGCCAGUGGAGCAUCAGAGGCUGCUGGAUGUGAGUGGCCGGGAGCUGCAGAGGUCCUUGGAGGAGGUCUCCAGCGACGAGCUCACGUUGCUCCGGCGCCCAGAGGAACAAGCCAAAUGGCUAGCGCAGUUGGCAGAGGCAGGUUCUUCUGGCGAUCUCUCCAAAGCGCCGGAUGAAAUCAGGGAGGACCGAGAGGUCCUUCUGGCCGCCGUGAGCGCGGACGACGACGCCCUGCAGUGGGCCUCGACGGACCUACAAGGGGACCGUGCCGUGGUGCUGGCGGCGGUGCGCAGGUGUGGCUUUGCGUUGGCCUGCGCGGCAGGAACGCUUCAGGCAGAUCGCUCCUUGGUCUUGGCCGCGGUGCAGCGGCAUGGGCUGGCGCUGGAGUUUGCGGACACCUGGCUGCGUGCGGAUGAGGAGGUGGUCCUAACAGCUCUUGAGCAAGACGGCAAUGCCUUUCAGUUCGCCGAUGUGCGUUUGCGAAGCGAUCGGACCUUUGUGCUGCGUGCAGUGCGGUGCAAUGGCUAUGCGCUCACCUACGCCCAGCCGGAGCUGCGGAAUGAUCGUGAGAUCGUGAUGGCGGCCAUUGAGCGCAACGGCUGGAUUUGGGACAAUGGCCUUCGCGUUUCGCAAUUUGGUGGCUGGGCUUUGCAGUGUGCUUCUGAGGCUCUUCAGGCGGACCGUGAGCUGGUGCUGGCAGCUGUGCAGCAGGACGGGGCGGCCUUGGCCUUUGCCUCUGAAGAGCUGAGGGAAGAGAAGGAGGUGGUGCUCCAAGCAGUUCACCAGACAGGGUCGGCCUUGGCCUUUGCCGCGCCGGCCCUGAAAGCCGACCGAGAGGUGGUUUGGGCAGCAGUCCAGGAAUCUGGCUUGGCUUUGGAGCAUGCUGCCGAUGAGUUGCGUGAUGACGAAGACCUCGUCUUUGUGGCGGUCGCCACCGGCGCCGCACUCCGCUUUGCCUCGCCGCGGCUGCGCGCGCAGCGGCGCAUGGUGUGCCAAGCGCUGCGGGCGGACGAGGCGGCGCUCGCCUGGGCUUCGGAGGUGGUGGAAGAGCUGUUCAAGUAUCCCGAGAGCAGCAUCGAUGGGAUGGUGGAGCAGAGGGUUGAGGAGCUGCAGCAGUACAGGCGGCAGGUGGAGCGCAAUCAACGCUUGGCCUCCGAGGGCAUCGAACAGUCGAAGGCCGUUUCUGUCGCCUGA